GGUGCAUGUCCACGAUUCGCUUCACGUUUGUUAUCAGUUUUUAAUCCCGUUUUAAAGCGCUGUACCUUAAUGUUUAUUGUAGUUCGUCCUUGACGGCCUGGGAUCGCGCAAACCGAGAUUUCGUCUUGAAUUGAAAUUCUACAUAAAAUCCGUGCACUGAUUUGGGGACAUUUCAAUUUUGUCCGCGUCGCUUUGUGAACCGUAGUUUUCAAGAAUUUCGUUUAUGAUUAAUCCAAGCCAUGAAGAUGAUAAUUGGGAUUUUGAAUUGAACUACAUGGGGUGAUGUACGUGGGGACUGAAUAUAUGUAAUAGUGAUACAAGACGUUAAAAACAAAACGGUAUAUAUAUAUAUAUAUAUAUAAUACGACAGUUUUCUGUACAUGAUACAUAUUAACCUGGUAUUGGAGGGGGAGAGUGAACUCGGGUCACACGGCGUAUUUUAAUGACAGUUAAUAUUAAAGGAAUUAUAAUUUUUCCAAAGGACGAGGCUUUAGUUGCAUACGAUUAAAAAUGAAGGUAAUAUGUUAUUUCCUGCUAGUUUUUUGAAUCUACAGUGAACAAGAGGAAAGUGUGUUUAACACGUGCUGACGAGACGGAUUGUGGAGGCAUUGCACUUCAUAGGAAUACUUCCGAAAUGGAAUAGACAUCAGUGAUGCAUACAGAUGCAGCUCUUCACUAACAACAGAUGGACAGAGCAACCCAGCUAAACAGAGAUUUUAAAUGAGAUGAGCAGUGAUGAAUCCUUCACUUCACUUCAUCAGGGUCUAAAUUGCAUGAAUGCCAUGGAGAAAAGAAGUGUGGACAUCAAGAAAGAGGACUGUGAAUGGGAAUGUGUGCAACAUCAAUGGGACGGAUCCAGCGUAAAGGAGGAGGAUUGUGAAUAUGUGGUAAUAAAGAUUCAAGAAUACCCUGAACUAACGUCUGAUAGCAAUGGCACAGAGAGAAAUGAAAUUGUAGAUGGCAUCAAGGAAGAAAAAGUUAAAUCGGAGAUUGCAUCUUGGCAUUUAUGUGCACAUGUUGAUGAAUCUGGAUUAAGCAUUAAACCAAGCAGACAGAUCCCCGAACAAAACAAUCCUGUCCAUGUGAAGUUGGAAUCUUUGGAGUUUGACAUAAAGAGGCCUGAGAAAACAUCCUGUCUGAGUCACACUGGGAAAGAUACAGAAGAGAGUGCCACCAUCUCUUUGCCUUCACUUUGCCAGUACAGACCUCAGCAGACUGAAAAUAUGAAGAGAAUAAUAUCUGGCUCAGAUGUUUUUGUACCUUCCACUUUGCAUUGCAGUCCUCUGCCUGUUGUGAGAAACACAAUGAAUACUCGACAACCAGUGGAAGAUACACAUUCAUUGAUUUUAAAUGACUGUCAAGAGUGGGAAGAACCUCUUAACCAUAAAUCUAAACACAGAUGUAAGAGGAGUGCAGUGACACAAAGGACAUAUUGCUGUUCUCACUGUGGCAAAAUUUUUUCCACUAGCAGCAAAUUUAAGAAACACACAAGAAUUCACACUGGACAGAAACCAUAUUGCUGUACUGAUUGUGGCAAGCAGUUCUACACCAGCGGCAAUCUUCUGGUUCAUUCAAGGGUUCACACUGGAGAGAAACCAUACUGCUGUUCUGAAUGUGGUAAGGGAUUCUCCACAAAUGCACAUCUGAAGAUCCACACAAGAAUUCAUACUGGAGAGAAACCCUAUUGCUGUUCUGAAUGCGGAAGAGGAUUCUCCACAGCUACCCAGCUCCAGAUCCACACAAGAGUUCACACUGGAGAGAAGCCAUUUUGCUGCACUGACUGUGGCAAGCAAUUCUCUACCAGUGGCAGUCUUCAGUACCACAGGAGAGUGCACACUGGAGAGAAGCCAUAUUCCUGUGCUGAAUGUGGCAAAAAAUUCUCUAAUAGUUCAAACCUUCAGUUCCAUAAAAGAGUUCACACAGGAGAGAAGCCAUAUUGUUGUUCUAAAUGUGAUAAACGAUUCACCAACAACCGCAGUCUUCAAAACCACACACGAAUUCAUACUGAAGAUAAGUGAGAACAUUUGGACUCAAUAAGUAUCCAAGAGCAACUAGACAGCUAGUGAGGACAUCAGUGUUAAUGAAGAAUGUGUCAUUAGAGACUUAGAUCCAGAAAAAAAAAGUAAAACCCUGGAAAUAAAUGAACACUAUAAAGUAGAACAUCAGCGACGAAUACAUAUGGCAAACAAAGUUGAACCUCAGGGAUUCCAUUACAGUGCACAAUAAAAUUCAGGACAUAAAUGAACUGGCUAUUCCCAUCUUGUCAUACAGCUUUGGUAUUAUAGGCUGUUGGGCAUAAAAACACAGCAUAUGUGCCAAGUAGUCUGUGAGAAUGAGUGCAUUCAAAGAUCCAAAUGAUGCAUGGGCCUGAUUGACUACAUGGACAGAGCAGUGGCCUGCAGGUGUACCUGACGUAUUCAUUAAAACCAACAUGUACGGAACACAU